UUUAUAAAAGGAUGCAUGGGGAGAUGGGUAUGGACACAUUCAUGGCACAUGGUAGACAAUCUCCAUUUCCCUUCGUGUGAAUCGCUGCCAUUUCUGCCUCCACCAAAGCAAUCAAUGUCUUCUCUUCGUUUCUUCUUUAUUCUUUUCUUCCUUGCUUUGCUUCUUCAGAUCUCUUCUGGAACCCAUGAAGAUGAAUCUCUGGAUGUAGAUGUAGAUCCAAGCUUCCAGUUUGAAAAUCCCAGGCUUCGUCAAGCCUACAUUGCUUUGCAAGCUUGGAAACAAGCCAUUUUCUCUGACCCUUUUAACUUCACAGCCAACUGGAAUGGUCCUGAUGUGUGCUCUUACAUGGGUGUAUAUUGUGCUCCUUCUCCUAACAAUGCUAAACUCAGGGUGGUUGCUGGUAUUGACCUCAACCAUGGUGAUAUUGCCGGCUACCUCCCUCCAGAGCUUGGCCUCUUGACAGAUCUAGCUCUAUUGCAUCUCAACUCCAACAGAUUUUGUGGGGUUGUGCCUACUAGUUUCCGCAAACUGAAGCUUCUCUAUGAGCUUGACAUCAGUAACAACCGUUUUGUGGGAAAAUUUCCCAAGGUUGUUCUGUCUUUACCUUCUCUCAAAUAUUUGGAUCUUAGAUUCAAUGACUUUGAAGGUUCUGUCCCUUCCAAGCUCUUUGAUCAACCACUUGAUGCUGUAUUUUUAAACGACAAUAGAUUCCAGUUUGGUAUUCCUCAGAAUCUUGGUAACUCUCCUGUUUCUGUUCUUGUUCUUGCAAACAACAAUCUUGGUGGUUGCAUUCCUGGUAGCAUUGGAAAUAUGGGUAAAACCCUUAAUGAGAUCAUCCUUCUGAAUGAUAAUCUCACAGGUUGCUUGCCUCCCCAGAUAGGUAUGCUCAAGGAAGUGAGUUUUGAUGUGAGUUUUAAUCAUCUUCAGGGCUCUCUGCCUUCUUCCAUUGGUAACUUGAAGAAGGUUGAGCAACUUGAUAUUGCACACAAUGGUUUUACUGGUUCUAUUCCUGCUAGUGUCUGCCAAUUGCCUAAUUUGCAGAACUUUACCUAUUCUUUCAACUACUUCUCUGGUGAAGCACCAAGUUGUGCUGCUAUUGGAAGCAGGGUGGUCACUAAUGGUUCCAAGAAUUGCAUUCCUGGAAAGAUGGAUCAGAGAUCUGCUAAAGAGUGUUCUUCAGAAGCUGCACGUCCAGUGGAUUGUAGCAAGUUCAAAUGUGGUGGAAGUUCUGGUAGCGGUGAAGGCGGUGCUGGUAGAGGAGGCUCACCUUCACCAAGGAAAAGACCUCCAGUUGGAAGGCCGUCAGCACCAAAACCUGCUCCUACUAGAAGGCCGUUUGUUAAACCUUCUCCUCCACCACCCACUUCCAAGUCUUCGUCUUCUAGCAGAUCACAUCCUCCACCACCCCCAACGAGGUCGUCUUUCCACCCUCCACCUUCGCCGCCUCCACCCACUGAAAGGGUCUCACCCAAAACACAUCUCCCACCACCACCCCCUCCAGUGGAGCAUUCAUCACCUACUUAUCAUCACGUACCACCACCACUGCCACCUCCACCAUGCCAUUACCAUUCUUACGCUCCACCACCGCCAAAAGAAAAGGUUUCACCAAGUACUCAUCAAGCUCCACCCCCACCACCACCGCCACCGCCACCAGUUGAGUACCAUCCACCUCCCUAUCAACAUGAAGCAUCACCAUCGCCACCACCUGUCGAGUACCACCCACCUCCCUAUCAAUACAAUGCACCACCAUCGCCACCACCUGUCGAGUACCAUUCGCCCCCAUAUCAACACAAUGAACCACCACCGCCACCACCUGUCGAGUACCAUUCACCCCCAUAUCAACACAAUGCAACGCCGCCGCCGCCACCACCUGUCGAGUACCAUUCACCCCCAUAUCAACACAAUGCAACGCCGCCGCCGCCACCACCAAAGAAUGAAUAUAAACACUCUCCUCCUCCAACUCAUGAGCAUUCCGCAGCUCCAGUUCCAUCGCCAGUAGAGCAUUACCCUCCCAAAACAGCAACUCCAUCUCCACCUCCACCUCCAACGUAUGUGAAGACUCCACCUUUACCACCUCCACGAGAGCCAUUCCAUCCCCUACCACCUCUACCGCCAACUGGGUGCAUAAUUCCAGGAUCACCACCACCAUCUCCACCCUCAUCACCAUUAGCACCACCACCAUCAUCUACGCCAAGCUAUCACCACUCACCAUUUCCCCCACCUCCUCAACAACAAUGGCAUUGUCCACCACCAUCAUUCCAUCAACAAAGCCCACCUCCUCCUCCUCCUCCUCCACAUGCUGAGUAUUCAAAUCCCUCACCCCCACCACCACCGCCACCAUCACCACCUCCAGUUGAUAACACUCCACUCCCACCAAUCGUAGGAGUAUCAUACGCAUCUCCUCCUCCUCCAACAAUUCCAUACUACUAAACACUUUUGUGGCAUCAUCGGCUUCUGAUUUCACUGUCUAAUUCUUUUGCUCUGCAACAAUGAGGACUGGUUCCCUAUUUAGUGUUUUUUGUUAAAUCAUAUUUAUUUUAUUUUAUUUUUCUGAGAAUUUUAAUCCGUAGCAAUAAUUAAUAUAUAGUUUCAUUUCUGGUUAUUAAUUAAAUCCAUAUAUAUUUGUAUUCUUAUUAUAUGUAUAUUUAUAUGCACUAAGCCAAGCUUUGCUAUACAAUUACUGUUUAUAUUUUGGAUUCA